AUGGGACACCACGGCGAUACGUACGAGCAAUUCUAUAUGCCCAAUCUCAUCAAGCGGGAUUUCCAGUCUAUCUACUUCGGCACACCAUCCCAAGAAGAUCUUAUUUGGUCUAUCGCACGUAUGGGUCUAUCACGCGACAAGAGGGCGCCUACGACACUCACGGACGAGCAAAAGUUAGAGGUGAAGCACCACCCAGACCUCGUAAGGCUUCGUGAAAAGCGAGAACGAUAUAAUAAGAAGCUUCAGCGCCUCGGCUAUCACCCAGUUGAAGCUGGUACUGGAACUUCCGAGUAUGCUUUCUAUGAGAAAUAUAAGCGUAAGGCCAACAGCAAGGCAAACGCGUUGCGGAAUAAACGGCUCGAGCAAGCGAUCAAAGACUUCCACGACUCGAUAGACACCAUCGAGAUAGACAGACAGUUGGACGGGACGAACCAACAAGAGAUUCUUACUCCACAAAUCACGCGGCAAGAGCUUCGGGAACGUGCCAACGUCGCGAGGUUGAUGUCGAAGUCUAUGGCGGACUUCGACGACGAGCGCGCUCUUAGAAUGCGCAUUAGAUUUACCCAAAACCUCGCCGAUCUUUACGCUCGAUAG